AUGUCAUGGGCGGAGAAGGCCUCCAGUACUACCACGGGGCUCGGCUUAAGGGUCCAGGGGGUCCUUGGGCGUGGUCCUUCGCCACCCGAGAGCCCAUCUCGACCUGCUUUCGCUCUCCGACAACAACCAACCACUGCUUCGUUUCUUCAUCGUCGCACUCACGAGCUCAGCAAACAUGUCGUCAGUCUCUCACCACGCAUCCGGGCUAUCCUGGCCAGGGCGAGCCAGAUGACAGCGGGUCCAUUUGACGGCAAACUCACGGCUCCAGGUGCAAGCACAGCGACUGGCCCAGUUUUGAUCCUCGCUCUCGGCCGGGGUCUGCGGGCGCCAGCGACCUAA